CCACUUGUUUGACUACAGCAACUAGCUAUCGAUCUGAAAAAUCACCCCCACACCAAAUUUAUAAAGAAAUAUUCCCCUGCCUGGUAACGUAAGCAAAUAAUACUACAUGGGUGGACAACAUUGCCCGCUCCCAGGAGCUCAUAAUUCUUGUUAAUUCACUCCCGCAUGCUGCAUGCUUUACCGUCUGUCAUCAUAACCUCCCGUGCUUUAACAUGAAAUUAAUUUUAAACGACUUUCUUAUUAACAAAUACACCUAUUCGCGGCCUCUCGAUUAAAAGGAUCCUACUGAAAAAUUCGGCAUACAUAAUAUAAAUUAACUCUACACUAUUGCUUUAAAUACCAGUCUUUAUCCCCGGCGUGCCGCCUGUUAUCAGCGUUAGCAAACGCUACCUUUACAGUCUUAACUCGAUUAUGCGGUGGUAGCUAAGCAUAAGAAACGAUAAAAAAUGGCAUUAAAAGAUAUGCCGAUUAUAAAAGAAGGCGGUCACUUUUCAUUUAACAUACAGAGCCACGUUUUAUGGAGCGUUGUUAGUUUGUUAUUGCCGUGCAGCCGGCUCAGUGUUGCCAGAUUCUGAUGGUGUUUGGCGUGUCUUCCCAGUGCCAGGGAGAGGCGAGUGCACUGCUAAUCCUGGAUUACCAAGCGCACGAACCUUCCUGCAGUUUAAGACCAGCGGCACAACUUCUUCUAUGGACAUCUGCCUGCUUCUUAAUGGGGAAUUUAACCUCCUCCCAUCCAAGGGGUCUGUCCAGCACUGCCUGUUUACAGUAUGUUCAGGAUGUGGUGUCACAGAACUGUGUCGUGAUAUUUUCCAAGACCACCUGCCCAUAUUGUAAAAUGGCCAAAAACGUCUUCAACGAAAUUGGCGCAACCUACAAAGUGAUCGAACUCGAUGAGCACAACGACGGGCGGAGUCUGCAAGAGGCCCUAGCUCAGAUGACCGGUGCCAGGACGGUCCCGAGAGUGUUUGUCAAUGGCCACUGCAUUGGGGGCGGGUCUGAUACCAAACAGCUCCAUCAGCAAGGAAAGCUGGUGCCUCUGAUCGAGCAGUGUGCUUCCUGCUGUGCUGCCACCGGCUCUGAAGGCUCAGGCGGCAGACAGUUCGAGGCGGCCAAAUGACUAACCGUUCUUACGGUUUUUAUCAAUGCACCACUUAUCACAUGUUUGCUUGAGCUCAUGCUACAAGGUGUACACUGCUUGAGCAUGACUAUAGUAUUUAUGCAUCAAAGUGCAGUGGAUACUUGAUGUAAAAAUACAUUUUCAUCCAGGGAUGUACAUUAUUAUGAUAAUGAUGAUGAUAUUGUUUUUAAUAUUAUUGUUAUGGCCUCAAUGUUUAAAUCAAAGCCUGUAAAGUGUGGGGCUGCUGUGUUACUCAUACAGCACUUGUACAUGUUUGUUUUAUUGAACAAUAUUACACUUCACUGAACUGUGAACAUCUUGAUGUAUUGAUUCUACCUUAGCGGUUGGAUUUAUUUCAGGUAACUUUUCAUAUUUUGCAAGAGCAAAAGAGGUAAACUUUGUAAAAAUAUGCAGAGUAUUGUACUGUUAUUUGCAUAAAAUGUGAAUAAAUUUAGUAAUUUGUG